UCCACUUUCCCUUCCUAUUCAAAAAAAUGUCUUCUUCCACAGCUCAAAAUCCUCUGAAAGUAUGGAAAUCCCUCGUCUUCUUCCCCACCACCAUCAAACUCAGCGAUAUACUCUCUGUCCUCCUCAAAGCCGGUCUCGGCGUUUGCUCUUUUGGCAUCGUCUUCUUCUUCUUUUACCUCUCUUCCUCCUACCACCCCCCUCACUACGGCCAUAAAACCCUCACGCGUUACUUCCUUCAACGUGAUGUCCUCGCCAUCGCCGGCGACGACCCCACCAAUAUAUCUCAUAUUCUGUUUGGAAUCGGUGGCUCCGUCCAGACCUGGCGCACUCGCCGUCAGUACUCCAAGCUAUGGUGGCAGCCGAAUGUCGCCAGGGGUUUUGUUUGGCUGGAACGGAAUCCUCUGGAAAACGAGACAUGGCCCGAGCCGGAGACAACGCCGCCGUAUAAGGUAUCAGAGGAUACGUCGUCUUUCAAGUACACUUGCUGGUACGGUUCACGGUCGGCGAUUCGGAUUGCUCGCAUUGUGAAGGAGAGCUUCGAAUUGGGGUUGAACAAUGUAAGGUGGUUCGUGUUGGGAGAUGAUGAUACGGUGUUCUUCACGGAGAAUCUAGUGACGGUAUUGCAGAAGUACGAUCACAAUCAAAUGUAUUAUAUCGGCGGGAAUUCUGAGAGUGUAGAACAGAAUAUGAUCCACUCUUACGCCAUGGCCUACGGCGGCGGCGGGUUUGCCAUCAGCUACCCACUAGCAGCAGAACUUGUAAAGAUUCUCGACAGUUGUAUUGAUCGGUACUCUCAAUUUUACGGUUCCGAUCAGAAAAUUCAGGGUUGCAUCAGUGAAAUAGGAGUUCAAAUUACCAAAGAGCCUGGUUUUCAUCAGGUCGAUAUUCGGGGGAGCCCGUAUGGGUUACUGGCGGCGCACCCGGUGGCGCCGCUGGUGUCGUUGCACCACCUAGACUACGUGGAGCCGAUAUUUCCGAACAUGGACCGGGUCGAAGCGGUGGCAAAACUGGUUGAGGCCUACAAAAUGGAUCCGGGUCGAACACUGCAACACAGUUUCUGCUACGACCUACGUCGGAAUUGGUCCGUAUCGGUGGCGUGGGGUUACAGCUUACAGCUAUAUCCUUGGAUGCCGACGGCGAAGGAGCUGGAAACGGCUUUCAGAACGUUCCUGACAUGGAGGAGCUGGAACGAGGAACCGUUCCUGAUGAACACCCGACCCAUGAGCAACGAGCCUUGUGAGCGGCCGUUGGUGUAUUUCCUGAAUCGGGUCGACAAUGUGGUGGGCGAGGGACAUACCCGAUCCACGUACGUAAGACACGUGGAAGAUGAUGAGAAAAGAUGCGACCGGGUUGACUACUUAGCCGCUCAAGGCGUUCAGUUGGUCAACGUCACUGCAGCGCACCUCUUGCCAGACUUGUGGAAAAAGGCGCCACGUAGACAAUGCUGCGAUGUUAUCAGCGGCGAUGAUGAAGUGGGUGGGGUCCGAGUGAAGAUCAGAGGGUGUCAUCCAUUUGAGAGCGUGACCCCUCCGUAGGUCAGGCGUGAUAUGAUGAGUUUCAGAAUCUACGCGGUAAGCCACGAUACGAUAGUCGAUGAAACUUCAGAGAUGAUGACCGUGUCAAACGGGGUGCCGUUUUGCAUUAUUUCAAAUUCUUCCAGACUUGGCUAGAAUGGAGAGAAAAAAAUACUUGUUAUUUGUACAAAGUAUUUUUUUUCCUUUUUUAAUUUAAUCAAAUGAUUUGAUCCCCGGCA